CAUCGGCCCAUUACCAAUUUCUCCGAUAACAUGAUAGAAUGUGAUUCGGUUGAUGGAGAACUGUAUGAACUGCUCGCCACGGGAACAGUUUAUUCUCCCUUCGAUCCUCUCGCUGACAAGCUUCAAUCGUCCCUUUCUCAAAAGCUCUCUUCUACUUUCUCUGUCUCUCUCUCUCUCUCGCCGGCCGGAAUUUGGUUGUGAUCGACGGCCAAGGCGGUGCCAGCUCGUCGAGAAACGCUUUCAAGCUGGGAAAUGAAUCAGUUUAAAAUCGGCACUAGCAGCAUCUUUCUUCUCGGCAGUUUGCGUACGGAGAAUCUCGUAGCGGGCAAAUUCAAGUAUCUAGCAUAAGCAGGGAAGCUUGAUGGAGAAAGCGGAAUCAUAUUCUUCGAGCUCGUUGCUUCAUUAAUUCCGCUUCUGUAAGACAUCAAUUCGAGUUCUUUUGCUUAUCAUGAUUUUUGGUUCGUGGUUGGCUACUCUUGUUAGCAUAUAACAUGUUUGAUGAAAGACAUCCAACAGCUUUGUUUAAGGUCUCGUUCUGGUAUUUGAGAUGUCAGUUGAAAGCAGCCUGAAGAUGUUAGUUUCAGGGGUGAUUCUCGAUCUCGAUGGCACCCUUCUUAAUACAGAUGCCUUGGUUGUUGGGGUUAUGAAAGUUUUCUUGGUGAAGUAUAGCAAACAAUGGGAUGGUAGAGAAGUUCAUAAAAUUGUCGGGAAAACGCCUAUUGAAGCUUCUGCUGUUAUAGUACAAGAAUAUGGACUUCCUUGCUCAACAGAAGAAUUUAUGAGUGAAAUCACUCCAAUGUUCUCAGACCAAUGGUGCAAUAUCAAGGCACUUCCAGGUGCUUGUCGAUUGAUUAAACACCUGGCUGAUCAUAAAGUACCCAUGGCUCUGGCUUCAAACUCUCCAAGGGCAAAUAUUGAUGCUAAAAUCAAUUGCCACCAAGGCUGGAAGGAAUCGUUCUCAGUGAUUAUUGGUGGCGAUGAAGUAAGAGCUGGGAAGCCAUCUCCUGAGAUAUUUUUGGAAGCAGCUAACAGGCUAAACAUAGAACCUUCACGUUGCUUAGUGAUUGAGGAUUCUGUGCCUGGUCUAACUGGUGGCAAGGCUGCUGGAAUGCAAGUAGUUGCUGUACCCUCGAUCCCCAAGCAAUCUGAUCUCUUCACAGCUGCAGACGAUUUGAUAAAUUCUCUAUUAGAUUUGCAUCUAGAAAAAUGGGGCCUUCCUCCUUUCGAAGAUUGGAUUGAGGGCACUUUGCCAAUAGAACCAUGGCACAUUGGUGGCCCUGUAAUUAAGGGAUAUGGCCGUGGCUCAAAGGUUCUUGGGAUCCCCACAGCUAAUCUAUCGACAGAGGGAUACUCAGAUUUACUCUCACAACAUCCCUCUGGGGUGUAUUUUGGGUGGGCUGGAUUGUCAACCAGAGGUGUCUACAAAAUGGCUAUGAGCAUUGGUUGGAACCCAUAUUUCAAUAACACUGAGAAGACAAUUGAGCCAUGGCUGCUUCAUGAAUUCAAAGACGAUUUCUAUGGUGAAGACUUGCGCCUGGUUAUAGUUGGUUAUAUUCGACCAGAGGCUAAUUUCUCGACUCUUGAGAGUUUGAUUGCCAAGAUUCACGAGGACGGGAGGGUUGCAGAGAAAGCGCUCGAUCUUCCACUGUACUCAAAGUACAAGGAUGACCCAUUCUUGAGAAGCUCUUCAUUGUAGUUAUUCAUCAAGAUGAUUACUUGUAUAAUAAACUUGUAAAGAACUUAUUUAUUAGUUUCUACUGAUGCAAUUCAUGAUGAUCUGCAGAAUUGCAUUAUACCAGUAAAUUGUGAACCUGGCUCCAAAGCUAAUGCAGGCCAAGUAUGGCAGUACCAUUAGAAGUUGACCAACUCAUACUUAUAUCACACUUUUUAGCUGCAUUAGAUCUCGGUAUCUGACAUCUAAGAAGUACGUGCUGACAUUGUUUGAUCAACCCAAUAGCUGUGACCGAGUGAGAAGAUAAGUACGUAACGUAAAGCGC